AUGGGCUCAGUAUUACCGUAUGGGCAGCUAGUCCGGUCUGCGGCCCGGACCCGUGUCGCGUAUAUCCCCCAGCGUACAUUGACUUCAACCGCCAUUCGUUACGCCCAGAAUGAGAAGCCCGCCAAAAAGUCCAACUCGCUCUUCUCUUCGAUGAAGAAAUGGGUCCUCGGAGACUCCGACGCAAAGCCUAAAGUUACUCGAACUCCCGCUGCACCCCCUGCUCGGGAAGGCUCACUCGGAUCAAGCUCGAUUUUCGCAGAAGAUACAGCCAACACGUCUGGUCCAGCACCGACCCGCAAGAAGAAGAACAUUCAGCAACAGACAGCGGGCCAGGGUCCCUUAUACCUCGAAGAACGUACUCCGGCUAAUAUGCAACUGGGUCUGAACCCCAACCCUAAGGCGCAGCUGCGAUGGGAGAAGAAGAUGGUCAUCCGGGAGAUUCGGAAGCGUGGCCGUGUUCCCAAGGCCAUUCAGAUUAAGCGCACCGAGCGCGAGUCUCUUGCCAAGUCACACUGGUUCAAAACCUCCGUUAAGAAGCUGGGUCCUCUGGCUCGCCAGAUUGCAGGCAAGAACAUUGACGAGGCUAUUCUGCAGAUGCGCUUCAGCAAGAAGAAGGCUGCGCAGGAUGUACUUGGUCACUUGGAGCACGCGAAGAACGUCGCCAUGGUCCGUGCCGGCAUGGGCCUGUCACAGAAUGAUGAAGCCCUUAAGCCUAUCACCGUCACAUUGAAGGAUGGUGAGCGUAAGAAGAUCACCGACCCCACAAACAUCUAUAUUGAGCAAGCUUGGGUCAACCGUGGUCCUUAUGGACACGGUAUGGAUCACCGUGCCCGUGGUCAGAUCAACCAGCUGCGUCCCCCAGCCACUGGUCUCUCGGUUGUAUUGAAAGAGGAGAAGACCCGUAUCCGUCAGUGGGAGGAGCGGGAAGCUACUGCCCUGCGGAAGCGCAAGGAGCAGCUCUGGGUCCAAUUGCCGGACCGAAAGAUCUCUGCUCAAAACCAGUUCUACAGCUGGUAA